CAGCGAUCCUAUCUUCUCAUUGGCGAGCUGCCAUUCCCAUGGAUUUCUUCCUUUUCCUCCCUCCCUCCUGCAGGCUCCCCUCCUUCUCGCUCUCAACCACAGACGGCAGAGGAACACACAGAAGAGGAAGGUCCGUUCUUCGUGCCAAAUAAAGGCUGGAAUGGAUGCCAACCACAGCGACGUGUUGGCGAGCGUGCACAAAGUCAUCUACGAGGUGGCGGUGCACGGCAACGCCGCCGACAACCGCAGCUCCCAGUUCGCCGACGUGGCCCUGCUGCAGACGUUCAAGCCCCUCAUCAUCCCCUGCUACGUGCUGGUGGUGCUGGUGGGCGUCUUCGGCAACUACCUGCUCCUCUACGUCAUCUGCCGGGCGCGCAAGAUGCACAACGUCACCAACUUCUUCAUCGGCAACCUGGCCUUCUCCGACAUGCUGAUGUGCGUGGCGUGCGUGCCCUUCACGCUGGCCUACGCCUUCAACCCCCACGGCUGGGUCUUCGGACGCUUCGUGUGCUACCUGGUCUUCCUCAUCCAGCCCGUCACCGUCUACGUGUCGGUCUUCACGCUCACCGCCAUUGCUGUGGACAGAUUCUACGCGACAGUGCACCCCCUCAAGAAGCGCACCUCUAUGACCACCUGCGCCUUGGUCCUGGCUGGCAUCUGGCUGAUGUCCUGCGGCCUGGUGGCCCCCGCGGUGAGCCACACCUAUCACGUGGAGUUCAAAGAGGAGGGCUUCACCAUCUGCGAGGAGUUCUGGUUGGGCCAAGAGAGGGAGCGGCGGGUGUACGCCUACAGCACCCUGCUGGUCACCUACGUCCUGCCCCUGUCCGCCGUCUUCGUGUCGUACUUGUGCAUCACCGUCAAACUGAAGAAGUGCGUGGCCCCCGGUCACAGGACGCAGGAGAGGGCCGCCGCCCAGCAAACCCGGAAGAGGAAGAUCUUCCGCUUGGUGGCCCUCCUGGUGUUCGCCUUCGCCGCGUGCUGGCUGCCUAUCCACGUGUUCAACAUGCUGCGGGACGUGGACAUCACGCUCAUCAACAAGCGCUUCUUCCUGCUCAUACAGCUGCUCUGCCACCUGUGCGCCAUGAGCUCCUCCUGCUGCAACCCCUUCCUCUACGCGUGGCUGCACGACCGCUUCCGAGCGGAGCUGAGGAAGAUGCUCAAGUGCCGCCGCCGCCGCCGCGUCGGAGUGCCUGUCAAUCCCCGCACCGCAGGUGUGGUCUUGUAA